AUAACAAUUCCUAUAUAAACCACUCAUUUUACAAUCAAUUCGUUUUAAAAACAUUAAAAUGUUGCUGAUUAUAACAAUAAUUAUUAUGUUUGAGUUUCUCACAGUUAAAGCUUCGCUUCCAAACGAUUGCGAAGCUUUCGCACUUAAUAAAAGUACCGAAGCGGCCGCAAAAGCUUGUUAUGGAUUAUGGUAUGGUUAUGGUGGAAGCGAUAAAUGCGAAAAUUGUUGUUUAAUAAGAAAUAUAUCAGAAGUUAAACCGGGAUUACUUAAAAAGCAACACUUAAUUAAAAAAGAAAGUGAAUAUCCAGAAUUAUCAAUAAUAUACGCCACAAGAGAAAGAAACAGUUCUACUUAUAAACACCAUUCAACUGAUGAAAUAGCUAAAAUCGUUGGAGCUGAUUGCAAAAGAUACCUUGUUGUUGUUAUGAACGAUACAGUAUUUGUGUUUACACGAGAAAAAGAUCCUUCUGAUAUUCCCAAUAGAAUUGAGGGUUUUAAUAAGUGUGGUUGCAAUUUUUACAAGUACAACCCUAAUAAAAAUUGUAUAAAUACAAAUCUUCCAACCUGUUAAACCUUAAAAAAAUAAAUGUAAUAAAAUGUU